CGUACAGCACUUGCAAGGUGGAUUGCCAGCUGACACGCACACAUCCUGCCCUGCUGGUAAUUGGGUUUUGGAGACAGCUGCCUCCAAUCUGGCGUUGAUCUGCUCUUGCGUGCGCUCGACAACCAGCUCGAGAGCGGUCUAGACAAAAUGUUUACAUCAGGCUUCGGGCGAUGUCGUCCACGUCAAGUGUCCGCGCCUGGCGGCUUGCGAUUGAGCUGCCGACAGCCGCUGGGAGCAUGGAUGGGAAGAAGCGGUAGCACUGCUGUCCGCGUGUUUUCUACGGAACCAGCAGGACCGGAAAUCAGCAAGCGACAGCAAUUCAAACAGAUCGCUGUCGACGCCAAGGUGAUGCGGCAUUUGGACGCGCUGGGGCUGGGCAUGGAGAAAAAAAAAAUCGAACGGGGUCGAAAGCUGCGUCUCUACCGAAGGGGUGCCGUAUCCUCUGCCGUGCCUGGAGCUACGGUUACCGCGGCCAAGCCCAGGACGUUCGACCACCCAACAUGGGCCGUGAAGCAGCUAUCUCCCGUUUCCAAGCUUGAGGAGAUCCCCCCUGCGGCAGCUAGCCUGCCCGAAGUAGCCCUGGUUGGCAGGUCCAACGUGGGCAAGUCGACCCUACUCAACGCACUCGUGGGCCUCAAGAAGCACCCGAACCAGAGAGCCAGCGUCUCAGAAACGCCUGGAGAAACGCGAACGCUCGACUUUUUUCAGAUAGGGAAAGGCAAAAGGGCGAAGAUGAUUAUUGCUGAUAUGCCUGGCUACGGCUUCGCCUACGCGAACGAGGAGCAACGGCAAGACUGGAAGGGGUUGAUGAUGGCCUAUCUGCGAGGGCGAGGAGCACCGCUCAAGCGAGUCAUGCUGCUCCUGGAUGCCAGGCACGGUUUCAAGAAGGCGGACAUCGAGUUUCUUGGGCUUUUGUACGACCCCAAGGGACCUUCGCCACUCGGCAAGUACCGCCCCCCAAAGAUCCAGAUCUUGCUGACCAAGUGCGACCUGGUGAAGCGGAUAGAUCUCGCCCGGAGAGUCGUUUUCGUUCGCCAGCAGCUCGAGGAGGUCUCGCGGCGGCAGACGAACCUGUCGGUCAUGACCCUCAGCGCGUUGAAGGGGGCGGGGAUGGUCGAGCUGCAGAAAGAACUCGCUUCUUUGGACCCUAAGCCGGUGGCAGCGGCAGCAGCUGCCGUCCCUAGAGAUGGCGAAAGUGAAGGCGGCGACGAUCGAUAGUUGUACAUAACCGACAAUAAUUCAAUAAGGGCUUCGUCGGCAGAAGGAGGGCUUGACGGCGGAUGGGUUUUUCGCAACUGUUCACGAUGAUGUCACCCUCUUUAAAUGUCUGCCUCUUUGUUUUUUUAGAAGCAGGCAGCCUUGAGGAACUUUGACGGAUAGAGAAUGAAGUUGGGACGGACAUUUCCUCCUGUACACUCGUUUUUAGCGGGGCACCCUCCAAGUGGAAAAAACCGUGGGGUACCCCAACCCGUGGAGGACCCCCUACUCUGCAGCAUGGACACCGUCCCUGACGCGGGCUCUCCCCGUCUCCGCAGCGC